AUGAUCAAUGGGUACGGGAGAUUGUACAACUGUUCAUGCUGUGUGACUGUCAAUGUGGGCCAGGGACCCCCGGUGUAUUCCAUAACACUUGAGAGUCAACUGAGAGAUGAGUUAUUCUCCAACUACUCCGUCCAACAGAGACCGUCACAGAAAGUGAACGUAGAAGUGGUCUUAACUCUCCUAACCGUCAAUGAACUCAUUAAGAAACUUUACAAAGAGUGUAUGUUUUACAGCUGUGGUCAGAUAACGCUUGAGCUGGAUGUCUGGCAGAACUCAGGACUACAAAUUGUGGAUCUUUCUGUGAUAACUGACCCAAACACUCCCAUGAGAGUGGACAAAAACGGAAUAAUAAGAUGGAGUACCUCUGCCAUCUACAUUGUUAGCUGUGAGUCGGAGAUAACGUACUAUCCACUAGAUCAUCAAACGUGCACAAUCAGACUCACCACAGCUGGCUACACCGCAGCAAAUAUCAAUCUCAGGUUCAGUCCUAACCCAGUCUCUUUGUAUUUUUACACCGAAAAUGGGGAAUGGGAACUACUCUCUGUUGAAAAUACGAAACCUGCUGAUCAUUUUCUUGGAGGGGAACCUCACUCUAAAGUAAUUUUUCGAAUACACAUGCGCAGAAGACCUAUGUUUCACAUCUUGAAUACUAUGUUUCCUGUUGUCCUGAUGGCUUUUCUGAUCCCGAUGGCAUUUAAGCUUCAUGUGGAUUCCGGUGAAAAGAUGGGAUAUUCUUUAACAGUACUCCUAGCAUAUGCUGUGUAUCUCUCCAUGAUAUCCGACAACAUACCAACUAUAUACCUGGCGACUACACUGGUCCUAUCUACAAUGUCGGUAUUGUUUGUCAUUAUCGUUAUCAACGUUCAUCACACGCCUGAGGAUGAGCCAAUGUCCCCCAGAUUGCAAAAAUUUGCUUAUAAACUGGAAUGCUGCUUGUGUAGAGGAACGAUAGACACAUCAGCAAAGAAAAUACAAGUGGCUCCUUCUCCGGAUAGUUCAGUGGACAAACCCACCAUUCUGAAUAAAAGUGAAGAAGACGAAGAGAAAAUGUCGUGGGUUAGAUUGUCCCGUCUUUUAGAUCGAUUCUUUUUCAUGGCAUUUAUGAUUGCAAUAACUCUAGCCACAUUAGUGUUUACAGCUUUGAUUUCGUUGAAAAUGCUUACAUGCAUAACAGAGGUCGUAGGGAAAGACAAUGAGGAAGUGUUGAGAGACUUCUUCCAAAAGAUAGGAAUUAAUGUUUCUUUAGAGAUUGCCGACGUACAAUUUUUAUUGUAUGUUCAACCGGUGCUCAGUGCCAGGAGUAAGGGUAAACCUCCCCCUCCAACGUACUCCCCAGCACUCGAGAGUCAGCUAAGGACCGAGAUUUUUACCGGGUAUUCCGUGUUACAGAGACCUACCAAACAAGUGCAUGUCAAAGUAGAACUCACUCUCCUCACAGUAAAUGACCUUGUGUGGUAUGAUCCUCGACUGUCGUGGGUCAGCACCCGGAACCUCUCCCAGACCUACACCAACAUCAUCUUUAUGUUCAGCAAUGAGAACUACGUCUGGAAACCGUGCGUGUUCAUUGAAAAUUCAAUCGACGAUUUGUCGGUGAUAAGUGACCAUAACACCCCAAUGCGUCUAAACAUUAUUGGAUUUGUGAGAUGGAGUCCUUCAGGUAUCUACAAGGUUAACUGCGAAUCGGACAUAACGUACUACCCAUUAGACUAUCAAACAUGUGACAUCAAAUUAACAACCUCAAGUUACACUUUAUGGGAAAUCAGACUCAGGUUGGCAGAAGAACCCGUUAACCUUAAUUUUUACGCCGAAAAUGGGGAAUGGGAGCUUCUCUCUGCGACGGGGGUGGAAUCUAACGACAAAACCAGGGGAGGCCAAUCUUUCUCAAGUUUGACCUUUAGAAUAAGCAUGCGCAGAAGGCCAUUGUUCCACGUACUGAACACGAUGUUUCCAGUAGCCUUGAUGGCAUUCCUUAUUCCGCUGACGUUCAAGCUUCAUGUGGAUUCUGGAGAAAAAAUUGGAUACUCUUUAACAGUACUGCUAGCUUACGCUGUCUAUCUGUCUGUCAUAUCGGAAAACAUUCCAAGUACCUCCGUGUCUGUAUGUUAUAUGUCGAUUUACUUGGCAGCGGUUCUUGGGGCUGGAACUAUAGCAGUCUUGUUUGUCAUAAUUGUCAUCAACGUUUAUCACAACCCAGACACGAAACCAGUCCCUGCCUGGGCCAGACGAUUUGUUUUGUUUCUCAUGAAACUUUUCUGUAUGUAUCCUGGCUGUCGUCCGUGUAGAUCAAACAAAACGGGAACUGUUGAAAAAACUCCCGUAAAGGAAUUUGUGAAAAUGCCAGUCAUUUCAAAUGAUGACGUGAUGGACGAGGAGGAGGAGGAAGAAGAGAAGAUUGAAUUAACAUGGAAGAUGGUCGCCGAGGUCCUGGAUCAUUUCUUUUUUAUCAUUUUCAUGCUUCUCGUUCUUUUAUCAACAAUUAUUUUUGUUGCCGUCAUAGUUAUGAAGUACAUAACGUACUGAGACAGCUUAAAGUCUAGUACAAAUUCAAGGGAAUCUCUAAC